AUGCAUUUCUCCGCCGCUUUCACUUUGGCCAUCGCCACCCUUGCCGUUGCCGCUCCGCUUAAACCACGUGGAGUCCUCGGCACAGCUACAUACGACGAGCUUUCCAUUUCCGGUGGUGUAGCUGGUGAUGGAGAGGCUGAGGCACUUGCUAAGCUGCCAAUUGACGUUAAUGAUCUCGCGAAUGUGGAUGCGGCCGAUCUUGCGUUCUUGGGAGAUGUGAACGAUAUUGCGAAUGAUGCCGAGGUGUCGGUUUUCAACCCGGCGAUUGAGGCGGCGACUGGGGAUGAGAAGGUUGCUCUUCAGAACGGCAAGACCAAGAACAAGAUCUUGAAGCUUACCGCUACUAAGCUCGAGUUGAUGGCAAAGGCUGCUCAGGGUGAAGAUACCGCUGCCAAGCUUGCUGCCGAGCAGAAGAAGUUGGACAACAACAUCGCUGCGGAUAAGAAGGCGGCUGGAGGAGCAAGCACUGCUUUGACCUUUGAUGCUACUGCUGGUGGUAACUCAACUUCUCCAUUUGAAUCUGCCGUUACCGCUAGUACCGAAGUUGGAAGCGGUUGA